ACUACCCCCAACCCUUUGACUUCCACUGGGAGUAUUAUGACUGUUCGACUUUUCACCGAUAGCAGUGAAACCAGGAAGGGGUUUCAGGCCGACUAUACGUCUGGAGAUAAAGUGUUUUCUGAGUGUGAGGUCGGCAAGUACCGGUGUGCUGACGGUGUGACCUGUAUAGACGCCUGGAAACGGUGUGACGGAAACAACGACUGUAGAGACGGGAGUGAUGAGGCUCAAAGCAAUUGUGGUUGUCAAGAUAUACAAUUGACGUUGUGUAGGGGCCUUGAGUAUAACAUGAUGACCCUUCCCAACCCACUCAACUUCAACGACACCACGGUCGACCAAGUUGAAAGCUCAGCAGCGUUCAAUGAUCUCAGCGCCCUUGCAGAAUCAGGCUGCCACCCCAAAGUUAAAGACCUCGUCUGCGCCACUAUUCUGCCGCGUUGCAACGAGAGUCCAAAUCGACAACAACUACCGUGCCGCUCUUGGUGUGAAGAAGUGAAGUACUCGUGUGAUGAGGAAGACUCCUGGUCAGCUUUUCCAAAUUGUGUGAUUUUCCCCUACACCAACUGUAACAACGUCAAUCCUUCUACGACUGCGAGCGGUGCUGAGUGUUAUGAUGGAAAUGGUGUAAACUACAGAGGAGACGAGACAAAGGGUCCUGUAGCAGGGGUAACCUGUGAACGGUGGGAAGAUGACCCAACCUUCAUAGAGCCAUACCCCUGGGCAAACCUCGUGGAUAACAAAUGUCGUAACCCAGACGGUGACUGGAGAGGUCCAUGGUGCUUCACUUCAUCUGGAUUUCAAUACUGCGACCUCAUUCCUUGUGACGGGGUAGGGUGCCAGGAUCCCGGAAAACCCCGGUUUGGAAAGAGGAGUCCCAUCCUGAAGUACUACUGGCAAGGAGAUCGGAUCACGUACACCUGUGAUAGUGGAUUCAAGUUCAAGAAAUACGUCCCGGAAAGACCAAACAAGGCUCAAUGUGUAUACAAUAACGAUACAGGAGAAGCCAACUGGGAUACGGCAAAACCAGACUGUGAAGUCGACCAAAAGUUCAAACUCCAACAGGACCUUCUGAGCGCAAAUGUCUAUAACAAGGCGGCGUCUCCAACAACUAGUCUACAAAUAAAGGCAUAUGUUGUCAACGUCAUCAACUUGGAUGAAAAGGGAGAACAGAUAGUAACAGCAUUUAAAGCGGAAUACACAUGGAAAGACGAUCGACUGGAAUGGGAGCCCAAUGAAUAUGGAAAGGUCGAUCGGAUCUUCAUCCUUGAUGACCAAAUCUGGAAGCCGACAUUGACACUGGAAAGAAAUGCGGACACAGGAUACAGCGGCGGAUUCCCCACGACAGAGGUGAAAAUGGAAAACACUGGGAAAAUCAGCUGGCCUGUAGAAGCACUGACUACAACAACCUGUACCCUGGACCCUUUCCUCUUCCCUCAGGACAAUAUGACAUGUGCAGUGUGCUGGAGAGCGGGAGAGGAGUAUACUAUAGACUGUUCCAAUUCAACUACGCACAAGGACAGCAGCUUCCUGACCUGUCAAAACAACGAGGCCCCAAUUGUCACAGGAGAGUGGAGUGGGACAACAAUCCUUUCAGCUGUCAACAACACGGCCUGUCUGACCAUGAGGCUCAAACGUGAUCCCACCUAUCACUACUCCACAACCAUCUCUCCCUGUCUCAUCCUGAUCAUCCUCAUGAUCAUCACCUUCAUCAUGCCCAUUGAUAAAGGCGACAGGAUUGGAUUCGGCGUCACCGUGCUGCUGUCCAUGGUGGUGUCGCUAGUCGUCGUUACUGGCUUCCUGCCAGUGUCAACCACCCUGCCAUUUAUUGCUAUGCUGAUCAUCGUGUGCAUGGCUCUGAUGGCCCUCUUCAUGCUGACGACUCUUUUCAUCAUCAUCAUACACGACAAGAAGGGACCCGUUCCAAAAUGGGUGCGGACGGUCUUCCUGAAGCACGUGGCAAGAGCCCUACUGAUGGGAGACUUGACCAAGAAGCUGAAAAAUGAAGAGGCAUCAGCCUACACCGUCAGCAACAAAGUAAACGACGUUGAAGGAUCAGUCAACCACGCAUUCAAGAGGGACGGUGACGGCUCUUCUGGCCCUCCUCUCAACGUGAAGAAUGAGGUCGGAGCUACCCUUAUCGGGUUAAAAGAAAGCGUAGAUGAGCUUAAGGUCAGUGUUAAGGAACUGUCUGGGAGCAUCGAUGGUCUGGCAAGUGGUGAUGAUGAUGAAGAAGUUGCAGAGUAUGCUCUGCUGGCUAAAGUUCUGGACAGGCUGAGUUUGGUCCUUUACAUCAUCGCCAUUAUUGUGGCCAUACCAUGCACCCUGCUUAUUGGUCGCCCGAAGAUCACUGUGGGCUAAGAAAACGACAAA